GCCAGAUCUAGGGGAGCUGAGGGUUUCACAUUAAUGUCGGUGUUUUAAUGCGUGAAAACAUACAUUUUCUAGUUGAGGAAGAAGCUGAACGCUGUUGGGAACAAAGAAAAUCGCAAGGCAGAAGAAUGGCGAAUGCGCUCAGCUGCGGGCCGGCUUUCAUUUUGCUGUUGUUUGUGUCGGACCUGGUAUCGGGGCAAAUUCACUACUCGAUUCCCGAGGAACUGGAGCAAGGCGCCUUUGUUGGGAAUAUCGUGAGAGAUUUAGGAUUAAACGUUGAGAAAUUAUCGACUCGCAAAUUCCGACUGGUCUCUGAUGACAGCCGUCAGUAUCUGAAGGUAAAUUUUGAAAAUGGGAUUUUAUUUGUGAAUGAAAGAAUCGACAGAGAAGAGCUGUGUGGACAGAGCCCGACCUGUUCCCUUUCCUUUGAAGCUGCGGUUGUCAAUCCUUUGGAGGUGCAUCCUAUUGAGGUAGAAAUCGUGGAUAUUAAUGAUAAUUCCCCGAAUUUUCCGAAAGACAAAUUUGCUUUGCACAUUGGUGAAUUAACUGCGCCAGGAGCGAGCUUCCCUCUCGAGAGCGCGCAUGAUUCUGACGUGGGCGCGAACACAAUCAGUACCUAUCAGAUCAGUUCAAACGGGCAUUUCGACUUGAAGGUGCAGACGAGAAGCGAUGGUAGUAAAAUUGUGGAGCUAUUGUUAGAGACGGUUUUGGAUCGCGAACAGGAGCCAGAGGUCCAGCUGGUCCUGACAGCCAUUGAUGAUGGAAUUCCACAGAGAUCUGGUACAGCUGUGAUUACUAUCACUGUGCUGGAUGCGAAUGAUAAUACGCCUACAUUUGAUCAUGAAAUAUACAGAAUAAGUAUACCAGAAAAUGCACAGAAAUGGACCUCAGUAACACAAAUCAACGCUAUCGAUUUGGAUGAAGGUAUAAAUGCUGAAGUAAAAUAUAGCUUUUCGAGUCAUUCUUCCGAAAGGGGGCGCGAGCUUUUCCAGUUAGAUUCGGAGACUGGUGAGAUAAAAGUUCAAGGGGAUCUCGAUUUUGAGGAGGCAAAUGUUUAUGAACUUUAUGUGCAAUCGACAGACAAGGGAACACCUCCUUUGGCGGGGCAUGCCAAAGUUAUUGUCAAAUUAAUUGAUGUGAAUGACAACGCUCCAGAGAUAAAAUUACGUUCGAUAUUACGUGUGGUUCCAGAGGUUGUUAAACCCGGGACUGUGGUGGCUGUGAUCAGUGUAACAGAUCGAGAUUCUGGAGAAAACGGUCAUGUUCACUGCACCGUUCCUAUGAACAUCCCAUUCAGACUUCAAAAGUCUACCAACAACCAGUACAAGAUGGUUGUGGGUGAGGCAAUGGAUCGAGAGAAAGAAUCCUCGUAUAACAUCUCCAUUCUCGCCUGGGACGGAGGAACCCCACCGCUUUCAGCAAACAGAACUAUGUUGGUUUCGGUUUCUGAUGUGAAUGACAACGCUCCAGAGUUCACGCAAUCUUCCUAUAACGUUUACCUGAUGGAGAAUAACACUCCCGGUGCCUCCAUAUUUGCGGUGGCAGCUUUAGACCCGGAUUCGGAGCAGAAUGGGGAGAUCUCCUAUUCUGUUGUGGAGAACCAGAUCCAAGACGUGUCUGCCACCGCUUACAUCAGUAUCAGCUCCAAGAGCGGUAACAUUUACGCACUGCGCUCCUUUGACUACGAACAACUGAAGCAUUUCCAGAUCAAAGUUCAAGCUCAGGAUGGUGGGUUUCCCCCAUUGAGCAGUGUUGCCCUCGUGAAUGUUAUAAUCCUGGAUCAAAACGACAAUGCGCCAUUUAUUGUUUCACCUGUAACAUGGAACAACUCCACAGCAGUGGGGAUACCACUACGGGCAACAUACCCAGGUUAUUCAGUCACUAAGGUGUUGGGCACUGAUGCAGAUUCUGGUCAGAACGCACGGCUUUCCUAUCAGCUGAUGGACGCCACUGAUCCCAGUCUGUUCAGUGUGGGGCUGCUCACUGGAGAGAUCAGAACACUGCGAAGAUUGUUGGAGGAAGACGCCACCACACAGAGUCUGGUCAUUUUGGUGAAGGACAAUGGACAGCCCAGCCUGUCCAGCACGGCCACUCUCCUCUUCUCUCUCCUAUCCAAUGUCACUGAUAUUGCUCCUGAACCAAAUGAUCGAUUAAACAAUCUGGAAUAUUUUUCGGAUCUAAAUAUUUAUUUAAUUGCCGGUUUAGGUUCAACUUCCUUUAUAUUUCUUGUCACGAUAAUUCUGCUGGUUGCCAUCAAGUGUAAACAAGAUAGAAAUAUCACCGAAGGAUACAGCUCCGCACUUUGUUGUUGUCUGGGUCAGGGGAUUUCAGAGGAUAAUUUUAAUCGAAGACCUGCACCACAUCAAGCUGUAAAUUAUUCUGGGGUUGGAGCUGAACCUUACCAUUACAGCAUUUGCUUAUCUCCAGAAUCAUCCAAGAGCGAAUUCCUGUACCUCAAGCCCUACACUGCCACUUUGCCCUACAGUGAAGUCAGUGUUAACAACACAACCGCCAGACACGAAUUUAAACAUUGAAGGGGCGCGUAUUUAUUCCUGUUAAACAAAAAACAUAUUCAUGGUAAGUUGGUAUGCAAUUUGGGCGUGCGUA